AUGACCGCCUUUCCACCACCCUCGAAGUCGACCCAAAAUGCAUCCAAGAAUCUCGUCGAUGGGACCACAAUUGCGAACAGUAUAUUAGCCGCUCUUGCGCCGGAAAAUAGACAUGCUUUCAUAGCACCGCCGUCCUCGUUACCCCAGGUCAGCUUGGCAUUUGCUAAAGAGACACUGGAUGCAUUUGCUGGCAAGCUGGGAGAUGAGCAAGCGGAGAGAUUGAAGGAGUCGAGGCGCAAGCGAAAACGCGGGGAGGUUGUGCAAGAUGAGGGCGAGGUCUUGAAGAUACGAAAAUUACACAUUGAUGGAUUUGAGGUCGAUCAGGUCUGGGAACAAGCUAGGAGAGUUAUCGACGCAUUAAGGGUGGAUGCUGAGAGAGCUCUAGAAGAGUUUGGUGGAGAGGUUGCCCUUAGUGAUGAGAAGCAAGAGAAAGACGGCGGAGUGGAACUAUUGAAAUUCGAUGAAGAUGGCUUUGAGAUUGGCUCUGACGAUGAAAGUGCAGAGGAUGACGAGGGAGCUGCCGAAGAAUCUGAAAACGAGGAAGGGUCGGACGUGGACCCCGUAGGUCUUGGAGACGAUGGAGACGAAGAAGGGCUUGAUGAUAGUCUUGAGGGCCAAGACGAUUACGACGACGAUGAAGAUGAUGAAGAAGCAGCCGGUGUCUUUGUUGAAGAUCCGAACGGACUUAAUGACGGAUUCUUCUCCCUUGACGAUUUCAACAAGCAGACAGAGUUUCUGGAACGACAAGAUGCAGCUGCAGACCCAUAUACGGGCGAGGCGAGUGAUGAAGAAGAUAUCGAUUGGGAUGCCGAUCCGCUUACCAUGCCCGCGAAGCCUGUGUCAAGCUCACGACGUGCAAAGGCAAUGGAUGUCGACGAGGAAGGUGAAGAUGUCGACGAUGAGGACGAGGAGGAGGACGGUCCGACAUUUGGUAACGCAGAUCUCAAUGCUCCAGAAGGUGACAGUGAUGAUGGCGAGCAGGACGACGAAAUGGAAGCAGAUGUUGAUGCCGCUGGUGAUAAUACCAACGAUAUUCUUUACAGAGACUUCUUCGAACCGCCACCCAGAAAGAUUGGCAAAGGAGAGAUGCAAUCAAACUACCUGGAAAGACAAGCUCGUAAAUCUGAGGCUGCCGAACCUGGAGACGAAGCAGCUGAGAUGGAAAGAGCUGUAGCUGAUGUUCGAAGAGAUCUUUUCGAUGAUCUCUCAGAUCAAGAUAAUUUGGAAGACGCCCUUUCAGAUGUUGAUGCAGCAGAUCCCAAAUCAAGAAAAUCUGCCCAUGAACGCCGACAAGCCAAAUUAGCAGAGGAAAUUCGACGCCUCGAAGCCGCCUCGGUGGCCAAGCGACAGUGGACACUUGCUGGCGAAGCACGGGCAGCAGAUCGACCCAUGAAUUCCUUGCUGGAAGAAGACUUGGACUUUGAACGCACUGGAAAGCCAGUACCAGAGAUUACAGCUGAGAUUAGUGAGAGUAUCGAAGAACUUAUCAAGAGACGGAUUUUGGCACAAGAAUUCGACGAGGUCAUUCGUCGACGUCCUGACUCUCUGAACACUCCUGCGAGCACUCGGAGAGGUCUGUUCGAACUUGAUGACAGCAAGCCACAACAGAGUCUCGCCGAGGUGUAUGAAGAGGAACACGUCAAAGCAACGAACCCAGACACUUAUAUCAGCAAGACCGAUGAGAAGAUGCGGAAGGAAGAAAAGGAAAUCGAAGCCAUGUGGAAAGACGUCAGCGCCAAGUUAGAUACACUUAGCAGCUGGCAUUAUAAGCCAAAACCUGCAGCCCCAAGCUUGACUGUUGUUUCGGAUGUGGCCACAAUUGCAAUGGAGGAUGCGCAACCUACAACCGCGAGUGGGAUCAAUGGUGGGGAGAGCAUGCUCGCUCCUCAAGAGAUCUACAAGGCUGGCAAGGAGAAAGAUAGUUUCGAAAAGGGGGAGGUUGUACCGAGGAGUGGUGCUCCUGUUGCGCGACAGGAGAUGACGAGAGAAGAGAAAUUGAGAAGACGAAGAAGAGAAAAGGAGAGGAUCAAGAAGCGUGGUGGUGAGGAAAUUAACCAGAGACCUGAGAGCAAAAAGACAAAGCAGAGGAAAGAUACUCUGGGAGAUCUCAAGAAGGGCGGUGUUAAGGUCAUUGGGAGAAAAGGAGACAUUCGGGACAUGUCAGGGAACAAAGUCAAAGCAUCAGCAGCUAUCAAUGGCGCAGGUGGGUUUAAACUGUGA